CCUCCUCACCCCGAAGACGCUGUUUUUUUAAUCAGUCUCAUCAUCAGCCCCCACAUUGUAUUUCACGGGAUUAAACGAUAAAAACCGAUCGCCUGCGUGUGCGCGUUUUCUUCUCUUGCACUGGCGGCUCGUUUGGACGAUGGCCGAAAGCGAGGCAGAUACGCCGAGCACGCCGAUUGAGUUUGAGAGCAAAUACUUCGAGUUUGAUGGAGUGCGGCUGCCGCCCUUUUGCAGGGGGAAGAUGGAGGAGAUCGCCAAUUUCUCCCUGAGAAGUAGUGACAUAUGGAUCGUCACGUACCCAAAGUCAGGCACCAGUCUGCUUCAAGAGGUUGUGUAUUUAGUAAGCCAGGGAGCAGACCCAGAUGAAAUCGGCCUUAUGAACAUUGAUGAACAGCUGCCGGUCUUAGAGUACCCCCAACCUGGCCUGGAUAUCAUACAGGAGCUGACAUCCCCUCGUCUGAUAAAAAGUCACCUUCCCUACCGAUUCCUCCCGACAGCGAUGCACAAUGGAGAAGCCAAGGUGAUCUACAUGGCUCGCAACCCUAAAGACCUGGUGGUUUCUUACUACCAGUUCCACCGCUCUCUUCGGACCAUGAGCUACCGGGGAACCUUCCAGGAGUUCUGUCGCCGUUUCAUGGAUGACAAGUUGGGAUAUGGUUCCUGGUUUGAACAUGUUCAGGAAUUUUGGGAGCAUCGUAUGAACACGAAUGUCCUCUUCUUGAAAUAUGAAGAUAUGUACAAGGACCUGGGGACCUUGGUGGAACAGUUAGCCCGGUUCCUGGGUGUUUCCUGUGACAAGGCUCAGUUAGAGGGCAUGGUAGAGAGCUGCAACCAGCUCCUUGAGCAGUGCUGCACCAUGGAGGCACUGUCCAUCUGCAGGGGUCGUGUGGGGCUGUGGAAGGAUGUCUUCACAGUGUCCAUGAAUGAAAAGUUUGACACGGUGUACAGACAGAACAUGGGAAAGUCAGACCUGACCUUUGACUUCUGUCUCUGAAGAGCGCCUGACCCCACCCUCCUCUUUUCCGCCUCCCUCCUUUCAUUGAUCAACUUCAGCACUGUUUGCAGGUGCACACGUCUUGACAUAACCCACGCUCUUAUAGCUCCACCCAAUCGGUCAGUCUGAAGUUUGGAUUUACGAUAAAAGACUUCUCACAGAAUACAAUCUGUAUCAUCACAAAUCACGCUUUUAUGAGCUGACCAUAGCAAAUCCACAAUUGUCAGGAGUUUAUAUUCCUCUAUCAAGAGUUAAACCAUACCUCCUCCACCCCUACCUCCACAAUGUUUCCACUGUUGUGUAUGUGCUUCCUGACCAGGGUUCGAUGUUGUAGUCUUUGAAGGCUGAUACCAGUUCCUUGAAGCUGAAGUAGUCAUCGAUAUUUUUAUUUAAUCCUAAAUGGUAAUUAGGAUUCAAACCACAUAAUGAUAGUUGUGACUGAAAUACACUGAAAAUCACAUGUUAAUGUGGCUGUACAGAUGCAUCGUUCAGGUAUCGUAAGGCUGUUGUUUUUCUGUUAGCCGAAAGUGUAGUCAAACCAUGUCGACAAGCAAAAGGGACUGGAUACUAUGUUCUAAACAUACACAGUCUGCUGUCGUCAGGUUGAGACCAUAGGGUUGAGACACGGUAACUGUUCAAAUAGAGAUAACUGCACGCACUUUUGGACACUCUCCUCUAUAAGGUACUCGUGGCUUUUUAUUUUGCAUUCGCCAAUCUAUCACUUCAAGAAGUGGACCAGUUUUUACAAAAGGCCACGCUGAUUCCAACAUCAGAAUGGUGCUGGUUGAGAGGUGUUCGGAACGAUGCCAGGCUUUGUGAAUUAUUCUUGGUCAGGCCCCAUACCAGAGAUGACUUUGCCUUGGGUGACCCGAUCAGAACAUGGAGGAAGCAGCUAGGGAAAGGUGCAUAUGGGCUAUUAAACUCUUAACGUUUUUGUGCUUCUUUGGACAAUAGCACCUGACCAUAAGAUGUUAAGCUCUAAGUAGAAAGACGAAGAGACACUUGACCUGUUCAGACUGACAAGGACACUUAAGCUGUUGAAGUUAACCCUCCAGCUAAGUGUGGGUGUUGCUACAGAUAAAAUAAACUGUAUCCCAAAAAUAUUUUUUAAAACAUUAAACCUUUCUUUAAAGCAUCAUAAUAAUUAUCACAAGUUAAUAUAGAGAACAGUUAUUUUUAACAAAUGGGAGUGAAAUAUUAAUUCUCACUAAAUUCUUGUGAAAGGUAUUUAACACGUGCAGCUAAAUGCUCCAAUGUGCUCUGCAGCUAGUAGCUAACUGUGACUUGGUGCUAGACAAGUUGUUUUCUGCUGCUGCUAGAAGUAUGGUAAUAACUUUGAGGUACUCAGUUUUACAUUACACAUACUGUUCAAUUCAAUUCAAUUUUAUUUGUAUAACGGCAAAUCAUAAUAUACUCAAGGCACUUUACAUAGAAGGUCAAGACCUUAAAAUCUUCCCACAACGAGCAGCACUUUGGCCGACUGUGAAGAGGAAAAACUCAUUAACAGGGAGACAUUUUUGAUAAACAUGUAAUUAGUAAAAUAUUUAUUAGUGCCUGCAGCUUUAAAGUUAAUCAUGCACUGAAGUAACCCAAACACAUUUUUAAAUUCUAAAUGCAAACCCUGCAGUCAGUUGAGGCUUAGACUUGUGGUUUUCAGUGCAUAUCAGCCAUCAUCAUCCAUCAUGUAGGCUCCAUGAUGAUGGGAAAGCGACAGGGAAAACCCACACUAAUGAAUACUAAGUUUUAUGGUUAAUAACUCUAAAGGUCAGACACAUACACCCGCUAUUUGGUGGCUAAACUGGAAGACAUUACUGCCUCUAAAUAAGAAUGCCCUCUGCUGGCUGAGAAAUCAUUUAGAAGAUUAGGAAUAGAAAAUAAAAGAAAACUGGGGUGAGACACUUCAGGCAAAAACAUUGUUUUUAUGCCCUGGUCACUUGACAUCUUGGGCUAAUUUGCUUCCAUAACAUUCUUUCUCUUCUUUCUCUUUUACAGAUUUAAAUUACAAUACAACUCUUGAUUGAUCUUUUUUCUCAAAUUAGUUUUCUCAUACUCAACAAAUAGUUCAGUUUCACUCAGAUUCACCUGACAUACCAGUUUUAUAUUCUUAAGGUUUUAACAAAGGGGUUCGUUCAUGAUUCAUAAAAUAUCGUGUGUAUAAAAGUUUAAGUUGAAAUUUAUUUUAUCAUGGUUGUUGACACUAUUUUCAUUUAUGGAGCAAAACCCCCUCUGUAAAAACCUUUGGUUCUACAUUACAAGAAUAUUGAACCUGGUUUUAUCCACUGUUCAGAUUUCUGGUCUGGAAAUGUAUGUAAAUUAUUUCAUGUUUAAUUCAAUAAUGCCUCAGUUGCAUAUUUAAACAUAACACUUCAGAAAACUUGUCGCAGAAAAUUUAGUUUUGUGUCUUGCCUGAAAGUGAAUGGUUGGUUUUAUAGACGACACCGGUCUCGGCUGUUAAUAUGUCAAAUCAUUAUCGUUCUAACCCAGAUACUGUGUGCAUCAGCAGCUGUCCUGUUGCAGCAGUGGCUCCAAGCCAAGUCGACACACGAAGGUAACCGUAGGAUGUGCUGGGAAGACGCUUAUCACGCCUAAAUCAACCCGUGUUGGGUGAUCUGUGUUUUAUUUUAGAUAAACGAGCUGAUAGCAGCACACACACUGCAGUCAGAGAACAGGAUACCAUCAAAACAUUCUGAAAGAUGCUAAAUAUGAAUCAUGAAUUAUUUAUUUAUUUAUUACAAUUCUUAGGGUAGAACCUUUGAAGGUAUAAUAUGCAGGAUUAUUCAAUUACUCUUUAAAAACACAAAGUGUGUCUGAGAGAGAGAGAGCAGGGAUCAUGCAAACUUUAGAGAGAGGUAAAGAUGAGAGGGAAGGGACAAGAGGUUGAGACAACAUAACAUUUCAGAAAGGUGUAGAUGUCAGAUGUAUGCCUCAGUUCUCAAUGACUGGAGUUAUCUGCUGCUAUAAGUAACCGCUAACUGCUGCUAAAUAACCAGCAGAGAGGUGUCACGUGUCAGCUCAGGGUCGUCUGAGCAGAGUUCAUCCUCCACAGCAGUAUCGCUAAAGUGGAGAUUCACAAUUUAUUGUUCUCUUUAAUUCGUAUAAAUUUCUAAGCACCGCUAGGAUGUGAAUCUCUCAUUUUUUUUUCGUGGAAAAAAGCCGCAAGUCGGUUGAAACAGCCACCACAAUGGUGAUUUGACAGGACACAGAGAUAUGUUUUGUUCUAAAUUACUGUGCACUCAUGAAAAACAGGAAAGCUCUGUAACUUUGCUGGCACAAUAUUGUCAGUGGCAGUGCAAACUGUGCAAAACCAUAUUUUCAUUGUGUAUGUGUUUGAUUUAGAUGGAUCGGCUGAGAUUUCCCAUGCUCCAAGACGAUCUGUUUAUAACGAGUAGGUUCAAAUUGAAAUUUAUUUAUACACAGUCAUAAGUGUUACUGUUCUGUGUCCACAGUGUUUCUAAUUCACAGCUUGCUGUUGUGAAAGAUAGAAUUUUGCACCAUGAGUUUGGUACAUGCUUCCUGUGCUGAGGUUACAACUUUACAGUGGAACAUUUUGUAUGGUGAUAACAAGUGUUUCUUGAACACACCUGCAACCAAACUCGAGCCUGUACACGGGUCAGGGACCUGGGUCCAUUGCAGAGAAGACACACAGUGUUAUCAGCUGGUGGCUAUGCAUCAGUGGGUAUAGGCAGAAGGCAGCAUCUUUUUCAGAUUCUAAACACUUCCUGUGGGUUACAAGUGAUGAUGGAGAAGGAUAACCUUUGUAUGAGUGUUUUUCUGGAUAAUCCUGCAUAGCAUACCUUUGAGGUGUAACACACACUUCUUGAGAUGUAAGCUGGUAUUUUGUAAAAAACGCAGUGGUUACAAUUUCAGCAUUUGUCAGAUAACGCUGUUGUGUAGUGGUAACAAGCAGCUGUGUCAUACGCACGUAAGAUACUGUACAAUAUUGUUUCUCCCAUGUAUAAAGACAUAUUUUACACCGUUGUCUUUAUGUUUGUCUUUUUUAAAUAUGUUUGCAUCUUAAAAUAUAAUAAUUUUAAAAAUAUAAAAUGCACACCAAUGUAUUUAUGUAUAUACACAUACCUACAAAUAGUCACAUAUUGACUUAUAUAUAAAAAAAUCGAACAAGAUGUUGUGCACGAGGGGGAUAAGCCAAAGACCCCACUCUAAAACAGAACAAACAGGAAAAAAACAGAUUUAUUGUUAAAUGAAUUAAGGUAGUGACAAAGAAUCCUAUUUCUGUCCUGUGUAUCAACAUGAGGAUGUCAUGAAAUAUGUUUUUGUCCAUUUAAGUGGCCCAGUAAACACUGCACUAUCAGACGAAUGGAUUCUAGCAGGUUGUGGACGCAAAUGUCCUGCAGUCUAGGAAAUGAAUGUGAGGGGAGGCUAAAUUCUACAGCAGGAUAAUAAACCAAAGCCGAUGUGAGCAUACAUCAGGAACUGUGAAACCACUCACCUAAACAUGAUGUACAGGACAGACUCAUAUAUCUCAGAACCUGCAGUUUGCAUAACAACGUUAAAAAUUCAGUAACACACCAGGGGGAGCAACCCUCUUGUCUUUUUGAAAAAAAAAGAUCAUACAGUCCCCGCAAUCAGUUUUUUUUUGUGCUGGAGCAGCAUGCAUCACUAAUGAUUACAUUAUUUACAGUAACUGAUUAAACAAGUCGUGAAAAAUUAUACCUUUUUGGACCUUUGGUUCAAUCCAAACUGUCCCUGAUUGAUCAGAGCAGACAGACGACUGAGAAAAAAAGUGAAAUAUUCAGUAGUGGAAAAACACUUAUUUAAACUUUGUUUUACUUUCAGUUUUAUUCAUACUUUGGUUUGAAUUUUUUUCUAAAUGUGAAGAUAACUGUGUGAUG